GGCCCCGCUUUCCUGUUCCCCUUUAGAAACUUGGGUCGUUUGGGGACACACGGGUUCCAGUCCGGCCGGUGGCAUCCUCGUCUGUCCCCCGGGUGAGUGGAGCGGGGAACUUGUCCAUUCAUGGCAGUCAGCGGACCUUCUCUUAGCCUCGGUCCUCGUUACAGGGAAGCUGCUUGAUUUUAUGCAUCUGAGCGCCGCGACCGUUUCCCAGUUAUUUGUGUCCUGUCCCGUGGAAGUACCUUGCCUGGAAGGGGGACGUAGAGGGAAUUCAAAGGAGUCUCCUUUGAGUAUUUUUAAGGUCUGAGUCUGGGAGAUUGGAGACAGGCAGGCAGAAGUGUGUUGUUUACCAUGGUUCUUGUGCUGCGUUCCCCUUUCCUCGUCUCUUGUUUUUCUUUCUGAGCCGUGUGGUCAGUCCCAGAUAAAAAGAUGCUUGGGAAGGAAUUGACCUUUUAUUCCAUAAUUACUUUGUGGACUCUGAUCCAAGAUGAAGUUUUUUUUUUUUUUUUUUUUUUUUUAUGGGCGUAGACUGACUUAAAACUCUUGCAAGACAAAACCCCAAACUUGCUAAAUGUUAAUUUCCACUGGCUACAUUUCAGGAUGGUGCUGUGUCCUGUAGAGACCUAGUGAAUUAUAUGGAAUUGUCCGUUUGCUCGUGUUUGUGAAGGUUUUCCAAAGCAGCCCUCCACCAAAGGAAAAGAGGAGCAUAACACAGCUGGAUUGGCCAUUAUGGAGGAGGAGCUGCAGCAUUCGCACUGUGUGAACUGUGUCAGUCGACGGUGUAUGACCAGACCAGAGCCAGGGGUUUCCUGUGACUUGAUUGGUUGUCCAUUGGUUUGUGGAGCAGUUUUCCAUUCUUGUAAAGCUGAUGAACACCGACUUUUAUGUCCUUUUGAACGAGUGCCUUGUUUAAAUAGUGACUUUGGAUGUCCAUUUACAAUGGCUCGAAAUAAAGUUGCUGAACAUCUAGAGACGUGUCCUGCAAGUGUGGUGUGCUGUACGAUGGAGUGGAACCGAUGGCCAGUUAGUUACGCAGACCGGAAAUCGUAUGAAAAUCUAAGCAGAGAUGUUGAUGAAGUGGCACAAUUAGAUAUGGCCUUGGCCCUUCAAGACCAAAGGAUGCUCUUAGAAUCUCUCAAAGUAGCCACCAUGAUGUCAAAAGCGACUGAUAAAGUAUCAGAACCUAGAGAACAAAUCUCAGUUAAAUCAAGUGUCCCAGAAAUACCACAUGCUAAUGGUUUGGUGUCUGUUGAUGAAGAAUCUUAUGGUGCACUUUAUCAAGCUACUGUAGAAACAACCAGAAGUUUGGCUGCUGCUUUAGAUAUCCUGAAUACUGCCACAAGAGACAUUGGCAUGUUAAGUUCGAGUCUUCGUGCUUCCCCAAAUGAAAUGAAUGAAGAGCAAAAUGCCGGAGAAAGCUUACAGAAUAGAAACUUGAAAGACCAGGACCAUCUUUAUGAGGAUGAGAUGGGAGCAGUAGGUGGAAUUGACCAUAACGACACAAGUCAGAAUGCCCAGUCUGAACAAAAUGGUUCAAGUGAUUUAUUAUGUGACUUGAAUACUAGUUCUUAUGGUACUUCUGCUCUUUGUAAUGGCUUUCCUUUGGAAGAUAUAUGUACACAGGUCAUAGACCAGAAUCAGAAUUUACGUGGUGAUUCAGAACAAAGUAACUUAACAAAUGGAGAAUGUGUAGCAUCAGAUGGCACUUCAAAACCUUCCAGUUCACUUUUAGUAGCAGCACAACUUAGGGAAGUAAUACCAUCUAAUGCUUUGCCAAAUGGCACAGAUGAUGAGGAUGAAGGAGAAUUGUGUUGGAGAAAAGUAGACUUGGAGGACUUACGGAAUGUGGAUGUCUUAUCUUUCAGUCAUCCUCCUCCAUUCACAUUUCUUUCUAAUUCAUGUUGGUCUAAACCAAAGGAAGAUAAAGCAGUAGAUACGUCAGAUUUGGAAGUUGCAGAAGAUCCAAUGGGCCUCCAAGGAAUAGAUCUAAUCACAGCAGCAUUACUGUUUUGUCUAGGAGAUUCUCCAGGAGGGAGGGGUAUAUCUGAUAGUCGCAUGGUUGAUGUCUGUCACGUGGACUUUGGGACUCAGACGUUUUCACUUCCGUCUGCAAUCUUAGCUACAAAUACGAUGGUUGGGGAGAUAGCUUCAGCUUCAGCUUGUGAUCAUGCCAACCCCCAGCUUUCAAAUCCCAGUCCUUUUCAGACACUCGGGCUGGAUUUAGUAUUGGAAUGUGUCGCUAGGUACCAACCCAAGCAGCGUUCAAUGUUUACAUUUGUUUGUGGACAAUUAUUUAGAAGAAAAGAAUUUUCUUCACAUUUUAAGAACGUGCAUGGUGACAUUCAUGCUGGACUUAAUGGCUGGAUGGAGCAGAGGUGUCCUUUAGCAUAUUAUGGUUGUACCUAUUCUCAGCGUAGAUUUUGUCCGUCAACACAAGGAGCAAAGGUUAUACAUGACCGCCACUUGAGGUCAUUUGGAGUUCAGCCAUGUGUGUCUACAGUAUUAGUAGAGCCUGCUAGAAACUGUGUGUUGGGAUUACAUAGUGACCAUCUAAGUAGUCUUCCUUUUGAGCUCCUACAACAUAUUGCAGGCUUUCUCGAUGGCUUCAGUUUAUGCCAGCUCUCAUGUGUAUCCAGGUUAAUGAGGGAUGUAUGUGGCAGUCUGCUUCAGUCUCGUGGAAUGGUCAUACUGCAGUGGGGGAAAAGGAAGUACCCAGAAGGAAAUUCAUCAUGGCAGAUUAAAGAAAAGGUGUGGCGAUUCAGUACUGCAUUUUGUUCUGUUAAUGAAUGGAAAUUUGCUGACAUCCUAAGCAUGGCUGACCACUUGAAGAAAUGCAGUUACAACAUUGUAGAGAAACGGGAGGAAGCAGUCCCAUUGCCGUGUAUGUGUGUGACACGAGAACUCACUAAAGAAGGACGUUCACUUCGCUCAGUUUUAAAACCUGUACUUUAAAAACUGUAACUCCACUUGCACAUACAUGUGAGCACCUAGUACAAUUUCUUUGUAAUAUGUGACACUUUAUUAAUGUAUUAAAGUUAAAACUAGCUAAAUUUAUUGUCACUUUGUAUAUAAUGUUUUGAAGUGACAUAUAUUUUUAUAAAGUACUGUUUAGUUGGGAAAAAGUUGCCUUAAUGUUUGAAAUGUGUGAAAUUUUUGGAACUUGCUGGACAGGGUGAUUUAAUUUUUAGCAACAUAAUUUUCAGAAUUAGUAUUUUUAAUGGUGUGCAUAUUUUGGUUCUUAAAUUUUUUGCUGCUUAAACUAACAAGAUCCUGACCAAGCAAUUUAUUCCUCAUGUUUUCUGUGGGUUGCAACCCAUGCUCAAAAAGCAAAACUUUGAUUCAAACUUUUGCAGCAUAGGUUUUUCAGAUAAAAACAUUCAAUUGCUUAAAUACUGCCAUAAGAUCAUUAUAAAGUUUUUAUUUUCUAGUGCCCCCCUUAUACAAUUGAUACAUGGAUGAUCUCUAAGACAGUCGGCCCUCGGUAUCCAUGGGUUCUGCAUCCGCAGAUUCAACUGGCUGCGGAUGGAAAGGCCUGUGAUGGUUGCAUCUAUACUGAACAUGUAGACUUUUUUUCUUGUCAUUAUUCCUUAAACAAUGCAGUAUAACAACUACUGACAUAGCAUUUACAUUGUAUUAGGUAUUAUAAGUAAUUUAGAGAUGAUUUAAAAUUUACAGGAGGAUGUGUGUAGGUUAUAUGCAAAUAGUGCCCCAUUUUAUAUAAGGGACUUGAGCACCCAUGGAUUUUGGUAUCUGCAGAGGUCUAGAACAAUCCCUCAUGGAUACCGAGGGACAACUGUAUAUGCUUACAUGAUAUUUAAAAUCAUGACUAAUGUUUGGUAAUGCCAUUUAUCAUGUUUUAAAAAUAAUCCACAAGAAUCUUUUCACCUUAGGUAUUUACAGCUCUCUACAGAGGGUGACCAUAUGCAACUUUCUUUUUUGUUAGAUGCCACAUCCAAAGACUCAGCAAUGUGUUAGAUGACAGGUUACAGCAAAAGCAAACAAAAUGCCUGUGAAUUUAUUUUAAUUUGAAACUUCGUGGUAUUAUAUGUUUGCUAGGUAUUUGCUAUUUGGAGAGAAGAAAAUAUACCUCAUUUUAAAUUUGAAUUGGGCGUAUUAUAUGAAUAAAUUUCAAAUAUUCAAAAUACAAAGGGCUUAACUUUUUUUCGUAUGCAUUUUAAAUUUUUGCCUUUUGAUGUUCAUAAAAAUCACAACUAUGUUGUCUUAAGACAUUUAAAAAUGUGAAAUGUGUUAUCUUUGUAAGAUGACAAUCAUGAAAUGUGGAAACCUGUCUUGGAUGACAAUCUCUUUACAACAUUUCCAGGUUAAUUUCUCAUUGACUUCUCUACUAAAAAAGUGAGAAUUGCAUCUUUGUGUAAAGAUCAAGGUAUGACAGAGAAAUACUGAAAGACAUAUUCUUGAAGUCUUUCAUUAUGGUUUUCAAAUCGAUUUAUAUUAUUAUUAACCUGAUGUGGGCAGUGUAAAAAAAUGAAUAUAUCAGUAUUUAGAAACAAAUUGCAAAGAUGGGGACAUGUAUUUAAAUAAUUUAAGUAACUUCUGGCAGGUGGUAGUCUGAAAUGGUGAAAAGUUACCUUAUAACAGAUCAAAACCCUGUUGUGUCCUCUCUUCCUCCAUUUGUCCCUGACAGUGCUCUAUUGUUAUUAGCUUCUUGAUUCCCAUAUAUGGCAAUCAGGCUGGGCAGAGGCGUUCCUUGGGCAUUAGAAAAGAAUUCUGAAUUGCUUAAGACUUGUUUUGGUUGGAUCACGUCCUUAUUACAGUUGAAAAAUGUAGCACUAAAGACUAAUCAGUUGUUUUGCCUCACCUGUCAUUAUAAUGGUAGAAUACUUAUUUCCCAGUGCUUAAACUUGCUUUUUCAACUGUGAGAUUGAAUUACAUAAACAGUUCUCCAUUUCUGAAAAAGUCAGAAAUAAGAUAUCAAAUCCUGUAAAAUAUAACUUUGCCUUGUAAAGUUUUGCUGAAGAAUGUGUCUGGUUAGGAUAGCACAAACAUUAACUUUUUGUUUUAUGGUUGUGCUUUUUAAAAUCCUUGGUGUUUAAGUUUAGACUUCUUGUUUCCACUCUGGAUCAUGAGAUAUUUAACAUUUUUCCACCUUCUAUUUCUUUUACACAUCUUUGGCUGUUUUCUUUUUUGUGUGUUAUGCCACCAUACCAUUUUGUUAAAAUGUUUUCUUUGUGCAACAUUUGUUCAAACUCUAAUAAAAUUAAUAUUUUCCCUUUA